CUGGUCUCGGGUGUUUGGGCGAUUGAACCUGAGACUCUAAAGUUUUUUUUUUUUUUCAUAACCAUCAUGCUAUCUCCCUCUCUCAGGAGCCCCCUCAAGUGGUAGUUCGGAGGUUUCCGUCGCUUUUAUGUUAAGUUCUCAAGAGCUUGAGGGUGGUGGCUGCCAAUAUGAUCAAGGAAGGCAAAGAAUCCUCCACACUCCGGAAUCUUUAGCGUCCCGUCGCCAUGGAGACGAGCAGUUCCAUUUCUCCUGGAGGGGUGUUCUAGGUGGUCUUUCCUUCCCAGCCUCAGCGCGAUGCCCAGAAGAGGCUCAGAGGAACUGACAGGGGCUUAUCUAGGGUUGUUUUGCUCAUUACAACAAGGAGGAGGAAGUGUGGGGUGGUCAUGUUCGAUCUGGCGGGGAUCCAUCGCUCGGUGUCCCCCCAAAUUCUGAGUGGUGCAGCCGGCAACACCUGCGGGCUUCGGAGUUGGGCAGCGCGCCGGGUAGUGCCCGCGGGCCGCUCCUCCGCGCUCCCGGGAUGCCAGAGACCAUGAGCGACUCCCAGGACUUGGUGCGGAAGAAAAAGAAGCAGCCGGUGCGCCGCACGGUCAGCCAGAUCUGCCCGCCCCCGAGGCGGCCGCUGACCGUGGCUGAUAUCCGGCCCGGCAUGGAGAAUGAGAGGCUGGGGGUCCUGAGGGAUUCCAUGUUUCAGAACCCGCUCAUCGUCAAGGCUGAACUUGGGAAGCCCCGAGAAAGAAGCUGCAGUCUGCCUGGAAUCGACUUUAACUACGGACUCUACAUCCGGGGGCUGGAUGGAGGAGUCCCCGAAGCCAUUGGACACUGGAAUGUGCUUAAGCCACAGCGCACACUCCCCCAAGAGCUGGCCCCGAACUACAUCGCCAUGAACCGUCGGGCAGUGAAAGCUGGCCUGGUUACUGCCAGGGAGAAUUUCCUCUACCGAAAGCUCAGUGACAUCCGCAUCAAUGUCCAGGAUGACCGUCGCACCAAGAAGGAACCACCUUCUCUCCCUCCAAACAUGACAUUUGGGAUCCGGGCACGGCCCUCCACUCCCUUCUUCGACUUGCUGCGUCACCAGUACCAGCAGCUGUGGGUGCAGGAGCAAAAGACUAACCAGAAAGCUACUAAACUGGACAAAAAGCACAAGACAGUCCUCGGGAAGCUGUAUGAGACCCGGAGCAGUCAGCUGAGGAAGUAUAAGCCACCUGUGAAGCUGGAUGCCCCCUGGCACUUGCCUCACUUCCAGAAGGUGGCUGCCCACCUGGAUACAUUCCCCACCGAGGCCGACCGCCAGAGGGCCUUCAAAGCCCAGCGGGAAGAGUGUGCUGUGCGCCAGGGGACACUGCGGAUGGGCAACUACACCCACCCCUGAAGCCUUCCUCGGCACAGAACGGAGUUCCCAGAAGGCCUCAGUCUCCCAGCCCCAACUCACAUGGAAUACUCCCCCGUUUAAAAACUGGGUCCUGCUUCAGCAAAGACCGCAGAUUCAAAUCUUACCUUCAUUAUUUUUUUAUUAAAUAUGCCCCCUCCUUUUUUUUUUUUAAGGUUAGCCAAUUCUUUCUAACCUUAGUCCCAAGACCCUUGACCUAGAUGCUCCUGCUUCUGGCAGAUCACUUCUUUCCCUCUUCUCAAGUUCCCACAUGAUAAGAGAAACCGAAAAUACAAGGCAGAUUUUAAACUGUAGGCUCAGGGGUCACUCCCACUCCUCAGUGCUGCCUUGGGAAUAUAAAGAAUGACCCAUGUAUUUCCUGCAGAAAGGGUGACAGUAGCUGCUUCAUAGCCCUUGCCUUAUAUUCCAGACAUGAGUAAUUGCUUUUGUGGAUACCAAUGUCUCUCUGAGACCUUUGAGAGCAGGAAGUCUGUGCUUAUUAUCAGGGAAUGCCACCCACCUCCUUGUACUGUGGCCCUGUCAGUCAGGGAGGUCAGGAUGAACUUCUUCUCCAAGGCUGACCUGGGAAGGCCCCAUCUCAAAGGAGAGCAUCUUCCAGGUUAGUGGUGGGCAGAGGGAUUGUGCAGCCGAACUCCUGGCCUCGUCUUUGACCUUUAUCUUCCUGCAUGCUCUUCAGCUUCCCCCCCCCAAACUAGAUGCAGAACUACUUUAAAUGUUAAAUGCUGUUACUUGUC